AUGGCGGAACCAACGACACAAGCUGUUAUUGACCAGAAUGUCCUAAAUGCAUCAGCUUCUUCAGCUGCUGUAGCAACCCACCUUCAAACGCAACAACAAAUGCUGCAACAACAGCAGAACCAAGCGUUUAUGACACAGUUCUGGAAUAAACAAAUUAUGGUAGCAGAGCAGUUUGAAAGUGAUUUCAAAAAUCAUCCAUUACCCCUUGCAAGAAUUAAAAAAGUCAUGAAAAGUGAUCAAGACGUUAAGAUGAUUAGCGCUGAGGCACCCAUUUUAUUUUCAAAAGCCUGUGAAAUCUUUAUAUCCGAAAUCACGAUGCGAGCGUGGACUCAUGCUGAAGAAAAUAAACGUCGUACCUUGCAACGUAGUGAUGUCGCUUCAGCAGUGAGCAGAUCUGACCAAUUUGAUUUCUUGAUCGAUAUCGUUCCAAGAGAGGAAGUUCCAAAAUCUGUAAAUAGGAGGCCAAAGGAGGAACCU